AUGUCCUCCUCUGACCAGGAGGACCACGAUGAGGACGCCCCCCUCGUCCGCGACCCGGCCGCCGCCGCCUCCUCCUCCCGCCCCUCCUCCUCCGCCUCCGCCGUCGGCGAGGUGCCCGUCUCGCAGUCGCUCAUCAAGGCGGCCAGCAACGUGUGCUUCUCCUUCUUCGUGCUCGCCGUGCUCGCCGUCACCGUCGUCGCCGUCACCUACCAGCCGCCCGACCCCUGGCUCCAGUCCUCCGCCGCCAUCACCACCUCCCUCGCCCGCGUCCUCCCCAACUCCUCCUUCCUCCUCCCCGACGACUCGCUCCUCCCCACCGGCGAGGACUUCCCCUCCCCCUCCCCCUCCUCCGACGCCGCCGACCAGGCCCAGGCCGCCGUUCCCUCGGGCAUCAACGCCACCGCGGGCACCUGCGACCCGGACGCCCCGCUCAACUGCACCGACCCGCGCGUGCUCGCCGCCGUCAAGGCCUUCAACGCCAAGGCCUUCUUCCGCAGGUCCAUCGUCUUCCUCAGCUACGAGGCGCCCGUGCGCGGCCCCAAGCCCGGCCAGUGCGACGUCGCCUGGCGCUUCCGGAACCGCCGCGAGAAGUCCUGGCGCCGCUACAGGGACUACCGCCGCUUCGAGCUCGCCCCCGCCGACGGGUGCGCGCUCGACAUCACCAAGGUCGGCAAGUUCAGGUCGGGGAAGAACGCGGCUCGCCCGCCGCGCCCCAAGGGCCCCAAGAAGCCGCGCGUCGCGGCGCCGCCGGUGGACGCGGAGAUCAACGACACGAUCCCCCUCGUUGGGUCGGAGGCGGAGUUCAGGAGAGGCAAGUACCUCUACUACAUGAGAGGCGGUGACCACUGCAAGAGCAUGAACCAGUUCAUCUGGAGCUUCCUCUGCGGGCUCGGCGAGGCCAAGUUCCUCAACCGGACGUUCGUGAUGGAUCUGAACAUGUGCUUGUCCGGGGCUCACACAGAGGACGGCAAGGAUGUGGAUGGCAAGGAUUUUAGGUACUAUUUUGAUUUCGAGCACCUCAAGGAGUCGGUGUCUCUGGUGGAGGAAGGGGACUUCUUGAAGGACUGGCGGCGCUGGGACAAGAAGAAGGGUCCGGGCCGGAUCUCGGUGCGGAAGGUGCCCACAUACAAGGUGACACCAAUGCAGCUGAAGAGGGACAAGAGCAACAUCAUUUGGAGGCAGUUUAAUGGGCAUGAGCCUGAGAACUACUGGUACAGGGUCUGCGAGGGGCGAGCUGCCAAGGUCAUCCAGAGGCCUUGGUAUGCUAUUUGGAAGUCCAAGAGGCUGAUGAACAUUGUGACUGAGAUCGCAGGCAGGAUGGAUUGGGACUACGAUGGUUUGCAUGUGGUCCGAGGGUGGAAGGCAAUGAACAAGAAGAUGUAUCCAAACUUGGACGCGGACACAUCACCCGACGCGAUCGUAGAUAAGGUGACCAAGCUUAUCAAGCCGUGGCGGAACCUCUACAUCGCAACCAAUGAGCCAUUCUACAACUACUUCGACAAGCUCAGGUCACACUACCAUGUGCAUUUGCUUGAUGAUUAUAAGGAGCUUUGGUCGAAUACGAGCGAGUGGUACAACGAGACGACAGCGAUCAAUAAUGGGAAGGACUUGCCGUUCGAUGCGUACAUGAAGGUGAUUGUAGACACUGAGGUAUUCUACAGAUCAAAGGCAAAGGUUGAAACGUUUAACAACCUGACGAGAGAUUGCAUUACAUGUGCAUCUAAAUUAUGUGCCCUCCAUUCUUUUUGUAUAAUUUACCACUGUGCUCAAACCUGCAAAAUCCAAAAUAGUAACACUCAGUGA